AUGCCAGAGAGAAAAUCAGCUCCAUAUCUCGCCUCCGGUGCUGAUGGUGGCGGCAUCAUCCUCUGGAAACUGCAUCCCGCUGACGACGGCGAGGCAUGGAAAAUUCACAAGACGUUGCUAUUCCAUCAUAAGGAUGUUCUUGACCUCCAGUGGUCACAUGACAGCGCAUUCCUUGUUUCUGCAUCAGUUGACAACACUUGCAUAAUUUGGGAAGCUAGUAAAGGCUCGGUGCAUCAAAAGCUAGAGGGGCAUCUGCAUUAUGUUCAGGGUGUGGCGUGGGAUCCUUUGGACCAGUACAUAGCUUCACUGAGUUCUGACAGAACAUGUAAAAUAUGUGCAAAUAAGCCUCAGGGCAAAUCCAAGAAUGCGGAGAGGUUGAACUUUGUUUGCCAGCAUACACUAGUGAAGGUAGAAUAUCAGAAUCAUGAUGAAUCUAAGCCACCAAUUAAAUCUCAUUUGUUUCAUGAUGAGACACUACCAUCUUUCUUCCGGAGGUUGGCAUGGUCACCUGAUGGAUCUUUUCUAGUACUGCCAGCAGGCCUUUCUAAACACUCUUCCGAAGUGAUUAAUACUGCUUAUAUAAUGUCCAGGCGUGACCUCUCAAGGCCUACACUACAACUCCCUGGGGCCAGUAAAGCUAUAGUAGCAGUACGCUUUUGCCCUGUGCUAUUCAAACCACGUGGUUCUAACCCAGAUGGUCUCUUUAAGCUUCCUUAUAGAGUUGUUUUUGCUGUUGCUACUUUGAACUCUCUGUAUGUCUAUGAUACAGAAAGUGUUCCUCCAAUUCUAGUCCAUGCUGGUCUACACUAUGUUGCCAUUACCGAUAUUGCAUGGUCUUCUGAUGCUAAGUACUUGGCAGUGUCAUCACGAGAUGGCUACUGUACUAUAAUAGAGUUUGAGAAUGAGGAACUGGGAGAGCUUCACAUUCUCCCUAGAUCAAAGGAAGUUGCUAAAGGGACUUUGACACCUGAGACCAAGAAGCCUUUGACACCUGAGACCAAGAAGCCUGUAUCUGCAGAUAGCAUGAAUGUUGAUAUUAGUGCCAGCAAGCUUAAGAUGGAAGCCAGCCCUGUGGCUGUAGGAGUUAGAGCACCACUGCUGCCAACCGAGAACAUCACAAGAACAGGGGAGCUUGCUGAAGGAAAUGUGACCUGUGAAAACAAGAAGCCGGUAACAGUAGACACUAUGGAAGUAGAUGUCGAUGAUAACAAAGUCAAGGAGGCAACCAUUCCCGUGGCGGCUGAAGUGACACCGCCACCAGUACCGACAAAGAACAGCGCAUCAAGUAAGCCUGCUAAGAGGCGAAUUACUCCUAUCGCAAUCAACUAA